GCCGAUAUCUAUAUAUAUAUAUAGAGAGAGAGAGAGAGAGAGCGGGAGAGAUGAGCACCACCAGCUCGCCUGGUUCCGCCAAGGAUCUCCGAUCAACUCUUCUAUCUACGGUGGUGAAAGUCACGGGAAGACCGGAAACUCAGAAAAUAUGUAUCGAUGUUAUGCUCCAAAAGUAUUGUGGCGAGUUUGGUCCGUGGCAGCUCCGGCAUUUCGUCUUAGCUAGCUUGGCAUGGGCUCUUGAGGCCUUUCACACCAUGGUAAUGAUCUUUGCCGACCGUGAACCGGACUGGAGGUGCGUCGACGGUCCGUUAGGCUGGGUCGGUUGUGAGGCGGUGGCUAAGACGGUAUGUGGGCUUGAACCGGGUUCGUGGGAAUGGGUCGGCGGUGUUGGUAUCUCGACUGUGGAUGAAUGGGGACUAGUUUGUGGUGAGAAGUAUAAGGUUGGGUUGGUUCAAGCCUUGUUCUUUGGCGGCUGCAUGAUUGGAGCAGGAACAUUUGGCCACCUUUCAGACUCUUUCCUUGGAAGAAAAGGUUCACUAACCAUAGUUUGCUUAUUAAACGCCAUCUUUGGUUGCGUAACAGCUCUCUCUCCAAACUACAACACUUACGUCGUCCUCCGCUUCCUCACGGGCUUCAGCACCGGCGGUGUCGGCCUCUGUGCCUUUGUCCUGGCCACAGAGCCAAUAGGCCCCUCGAAGCGUGGCACAGCUGGAAUGUCCACUUUCUACUUCUUCUCAACUGGGAUAGCCUUACUUUCCCUCAUAGCUUAUAUCUUCCCAACAUGGCGUGCUCUCUACAUUGCUUCCUCCAUUCCUUCCUUCCUUUUUCUAGGAUUAGUCAUCCCUUUCGUAUCCGAGUCCCCAAGGUGGUACUUAGUCCGAGGAAAAGUCACUGAAGCUAUGAAGAUCAUGAACUCAAUAGCUAAGUCAAAUGGAAAGGAACUACCAGAAGGAGUAACUCUAGGGUUAGAUGAAGAUUCAAACAAUAACAGUACCUCAGAAAAUGAAAACACCACAUCAAGAAACGAAGUAUCUGGUUCUUUAAUCGACGUUGUACGAUCUCCCGUAACUAGAUACCGUCUCUUUUUGGCCGUAGCCAUAAACUUCCUCUGUUCCGUCGUUUACUAUGGGUUGAGUUUAAACGUUGUGAACCUAAAUACAAAUCUCUACAUUACCGUGGCUCUCAACGCCGUAUCCGAGAUGCCAGCUUUUACGAUCACGGCCAUUUUGUUGGACAAGUUCGGAAGGAAGCCAUUGGCGAUUGGGACACUCUGGUUUAGUGGCUUGUUCUGUUUUUUAGGAAGUUUGGUGAGAAACGACGUCGUUGGGGUGAGGAAAGUGCUGAGAAUGGUUUGUGGAGUGUUGGGGAUCUUUGGGGUGGCGGGGACAUAUAAUUUGUUGUUUAUCUACACGGCCGAGCUUUUUCCAACUGUAGUGAGGAACGCCGCGCUCGGGUGCGCAACUCAGGCGGCGCAGAUGGGAGCAAUCUUGGCACCGUUUGUUGUCGUUUUGGGAGGUGCGUUUCCUUUUGCAGUGUUUGCCGUAUGUGGGAUUGUUGGGGGGAUUCAUGCGUUCUAUUUACCAGAGACGCUGAAUCGGCCGUUGUACGACACCAUGGGUGGAAUGGAGAGUGGGGAGAAAGUACGUGAUCCUUUAAUUAGCGUUUGAAAACGAAGAACUAGAUUAAUUUAUGUGAAAGUUUCUCUCUUUUUUUUUUUUAAAAAAAAGUUUCUCAUUAAAUGUGUGGGUGUUUUUUUCUUCCUUAAUCCCGUCUUAAAAGCCCAUAAAUCCAAUUUGUAGGAUUUGGUUUGAUGAAUUGAUACUGGUAUUAAAAAGUGGAAAUUAGACUUUUUUUUU